AUGACCACCUCCUGCUGCUCCCCUUGCUGCCAGCCUACCUGCUGCAGGACCACCUGCUGGAAGCCAGCCUGUGUGACCAGCUACUGCCAGCCCUGUUGUCCCUCAAACUGCUGUGAAACCACCUGCUGCAGGACCACCAGCUGUAAACCAAUAUGUGAGACCUGCUGCUGCUGCACACCCUGCUGCCAGCCCAGCUGCUGUGAGUCCAGCUGCUUCCAGCCCUGCUGCCCCCCAACCUGCUGUGUUCCCACCUGCUGCCAACCCUGCUGCAUCCCCAGCUGCUGCAGCACAUCCUGCUGCCAACCCUGCUGCCAACCAACUUGCUGAAAAACCACCUGCUGCAAGACCACCUGCUGUAAACCAACCUGUGGGACCAGUUGCUGCUACACACCCCGCUGCCAGCCCAGCUGCUACUGA